UUAAAACCUCUGGCUCUCAGUAUGAUCAACCAAGAGAACCCGUAAGAGUUAGCAUUGUUUCCCAAAACUCUGCUUUAUAUCGCUUUGUGCUCUGUGUAGGUCAUAUUGACACAUUUAUGUAGUAGUAUUGAGCUGGGUGUCUGGGAUUGCUUCUCUGCAACCUGCCCAGGCAAAACUCCAGUUGUCUGAGGAAUGCACAUCCGGCAGCCUCUAGCAUCCCCAAAUUUUAUGUGUACUUGAAACAUUGAAGUCAGUCACACACUGCCUCUUAGUUUCUCAUCUGGUGAAUGAUGUCAUUUCAUCUCUGACGGAAAUGCUUCUGCUCUGAAAGUGCAGGGAGAGGCUCUGGUAUUAAGGCCAACUCUGUUUUGUUCCACACACUGGGGGGAAAAACUCUUACUUUGGAGGUUUUUACAAUUUGGAAACACUUUUAUUUCAAUUAUCUCCUCAUUUAAAGCCAACUCCUUUCCCCCUCUGAAGUUUGCCUUUUUUCACUUCUCAGAAUUAUAUUGAUGAUUUCCCCCUUCCUCUACAUUUCCUUCUUCCCCUCAAUAGUCAGUCUUAAUCUCCUGUAGUUCAAUAGUAGCGAGCAGAUGUAUGGAGAGUCACAGUGGUGUUUUGCCAAGAAAUCAGCCCCUCCAGUACCUUUUUCACCAGAAACACAAUUUAGGGUGGGGCCAAGGACCAAAAUGGAGUGCUUCCUUAAGACUAGGGCAGAGUUACUCAGAAAAAUAUUCUGUGACGUGGUGUGAUGAUUCAUUAUUGUAUUUUAGCAAGAAUCAAUUGGGUUGUUUCCAUUUGGCACUUGACUGGUUCAGCUGCUUUGAAAUUAUUUUAGUAACAUUAAAGAUUUCCCAGCUUAUUUUCAUAAUUUAGCGGAUAGAUCUUUUAUAUUUUUCAGGGCUUGGUAUCCAGGAGAUACGCUGAAAUUAGGUAUCCCCGUUUUAUAGGAGAGUAUUGAUAUUUUGGAGGACAUGAAAGAUAAACCUCUUCAGAGAGAACCUCUUAUAUGUGCUGAUGAAGGUUUCAACUUUCUGUGCUGUGGGGUCAGCCAUAAGAGAGCAUCAGGAAUCAAGAGAUCCAUGGCAUCUGAGGUGCCUUAUGCCUCUGGCAUGCCCAUCAAGAAAAUAGGCCACCGAAGUGUUGAUUCCUCAGGAGAGACAACAUAUAAAAAGACAACCUCAUCUGCCUUGAAAGGUGCCAUCCAGUUAGGCAUUACUCACACUGUGGGAAGCCUGAGUACCAAACCAGAGCGUGAUGUCCUCAUGCAAGACUUCUAUGUGGUGGAGAGUAUCUUCUUCCCCAGCGAAGGGAGCAACUUGACCCCUGCUCAUCAUUAUAAUGACUUUCGGUUCAAGACCUAUGCACCUGUUGCCUUUCGUUACUUUCGGGAGUUAUUUGGUAUCCGGCCUGAUGAUUACUUGUACUCCCUCUGCAGUGAGCCGCUGAUUGAGCUCUGCAACUCUGGAGCUAGUGGUUCCCUCUUCUACGUGUCCAGUGACGAUGAAUUCAUCAUUAAAACGGUCCAGCAUAAAGAGGCGGAGUUUCUGCAGAAGCUGCUUCCAGGAUACUACAUGAACCUCAACCAGAAUCCUCGCACUUUGCUGCCUAAAUUCUAUGGACUGUACUGUGUGCAGGCAGGUGGUAAGAACAUUCGAAUUGUGGUGAUGAACAAUCUCUUACCACGGUCGGUCAAGAUGCACAUCAAAUAUGACCUCAAGGGCUCAACCUACAAACGCCGGGCUUCCCAAAAAGAGCGAGAGAAGCCUCUCCCCACCUUUAAAGACCUGGACUUCUUACAAGACAUUCCAGAUGGUCUUUUUCUGGAUGCUGACAUGUACAAUGCUCUGUGUAAGACCCUACAGCGUGACUGUCUGGUGCUGCAGAGCUUCAAGAUAAUGGACUAUAGCCUUUUGAUGUCGAUCCAUAACAUAGAUCAUGCACAGCGAGAGCCCUUAGGCAGUGAAGCACAGUCCUCAGCUGACACUCGCAGACCAGCCCCCCAAAAGGCUCUCUAUUCCACGGCUAUGGAAUCUAUCCAGGGCGAGGCUCGGCGAGGUGGCACCAUGGAGACUGAUGACCAUAUGGGUGGCAUCCCUGCCCGCAAUAGUAAAGGGGAAAGGCUGCUGCUUUAUAUUGGGAUCAUUGACAUCCUCCAGUCUUACAGGUUUGUUAAGAAGUUGGAGCACUCUUGGAAAGCCCUGGUACACGAUGGGGACACCGUGUCGGUGCACCGCCCAGGCUUCUACGCCGAACGGUUCCAGCGCUUCAUGUGCAACACAGUGUUCAAGAAGAUACCCCUGAAGCCCUCUCCUUCCAAAAAGUUUCGGUCUGGCUCAUCUUUCUCUCGGCGAGCAGGCCCCAGCGGCAACUCCUGCAUUACUUACCAGACAUCGGUCUCUGGGGAGCACAAGGCACAAGUGACAACCAAGGCGGAAGUGGAGCCAGGCGUCCACUUCGGUCGUCCUGAUGUUUUACCUCAGACUCCACCUUUGGAGAAAAUCAGUGAGGUCUCGACUCUUCCUGACCCCUAUUUCUCACCUGUAGUUGGAGAGACUUUGCAAAUGCAAACUACAAGUGAGCAAAAAAACUCAGAAGACCUGGAACAAGAUUCUACCAGCUUGGUGAUCCCAAGAAGCCAGCCCUUGCCCCAGCAAUGCUGAGUUUUCUUCUUCGUGGUCAUCACAGAAGGAGUAUAAUGGAGGCUCGGGGAGCUCUCCGUCUCCUUCCCCUUCCUUAUGAAUGGGCAUUAGUGCCUCGGACAGUUGAGGACAGCAGCAUCUCUCCACUUCUGAGUUAGGUGGCACGGAUUUUCAACUGGCCAGCCUUGGCUUCCACAAUUGAAUUGUUUUCAAACCCCCAUUCUUGCUGCUGGAAGUGGGGUUGCUGGACUUGGUGGUUUUCUUCCUCUUCAUCUACCUUUCACCUGGAGCUGGACUCUUAAUUUCCUCAGGACAGACUGGCUGGCACAUUAUCUCCACCUUCACGCUUUCUCUGAAAGAAGACCCUUGUAAUCUUUGUAAAGGUUUUUGGGAGUAAGGGUGUUAAGCCAACUUCCACCUUACUUUUUCUUUUUCCUUAAAAAAAGGAAAAGAAAAACUAGCACACAGCACACAGUUUGAAGCUGCAGAAGUGUCGGGAGAGAUCCCUAUUUGUGGGGUUCCCUCAGAAGAGCCCCCGGUGUUUGAGAAAUGGAAGUAUGGCACUGCUUUGCCAGGAGCAGCUCCUCUUUAACUCCUCUCUUGAUGAAUUUCUUUAAGGCUGAAGGAACGGAGAGAGUGGGACAUGGGGUAAUCUUUACCCCUUUUGUUGAAACAGUAGGGCAGUCAUGGGACCAGAAGAUCAGAGCCCUUGCUAGGCCGGACCCUACUCACCGCCAGGCCAUCACAAUUGUUACUGUUUUGGAAUUUGAAAUGUAUUCUGCUUGUUUUUCUAAAUAUGAAGACUUAAUCAAAUGAAUUUGGAUCCUUCUCAAAAGGAGGUUUCUUCCUUGCUCUUCCCACCUUUUCCGACAGUGUUCUGCUGUUCAAGGGGCUGAGGUGGAGAGGGGACACCUGUGUCCGUUUAACAGGCAGUCUGUAUGAGGCUAGAGAAUAUUUGCUUAGACUCAUGGGGAGCCAGCAGAUUCUUGCCUAGGUGAGGUCAUUGCUGUGCCACAUGCCCUGUCCCUUCUCAUGCAGAGAACUCGGAAAUGGGAGCUGUGUAAUCCGUCUGUUCCCCAUCUCCAGGAGUUGUGGUUCCCCACUUGAUCCUCCUGUCUGGGGACUAAGGGGGCCUGGCAUCUCAGGCAGGUCGUUGAAUACUGUCCCGACUCCAUCCCGCCCGACCUUGAUAGUAGGUUAGCCCAUCCCUCAAGUAACUGUCUAUAUUAGACACCCCCAGCCAGUUUCUGGCUGCCUGUCUUUGCUGCCAUGUUCUUUUUUACAAGAAGGAAAGAAACAAUUCUUGCUAUUUUUUUUUCAUAAUUUACUAUUUAUGAUGUAUUUAAGUGUUUUAUUCAGGACAGAGUUCUGUAGGGAGUGGGAGGGAAUAUUUGAGGGAGGCUGGGUCUUAGGGAAGGGAAUGGGGAAUCAACAUUUUUAUGAAGUGUUACUAUUUGCCUCCACUUUGUAUUGUUCAGAAAUGGCAAAUGCAGUAUAAAAGUGAUAAAUACCUGGUUUUAAUGUAUUAAACUUUCAUCAGUUAUUUAGA